AUGUCAACUGCUACAUACGAGAUUAUCGACUCGCCAGCCGAUAUCCAAUACCUAGUCAACCUGCUUACCCGUCAAUACAAACAGCUGCGAGACCUAGACAUCCCCAACUCACCCCUAUACAUCGAUGUGCAAGGCGUAAACCUCAACCGUGUAGGCCCCAUCUCUCUCCUUACGCUCCUUUCCUCAUCAACCUACUACCUCGUCGACAUACUCCAACUAGGUACAAUUGCAUUCACUACUCCCAGCGCCCAACGCGCUCCCGCAUUCAUAACUCCCAACACCCAAACCCAGACUUUGAAAUCUAUCUUUGAAGACGCAGCUAUUCCCAAAGUCUUUUUCGACGCCCGCAAUGCCUCAGCUGCGCUAUUUGUACAGUAG